GCACCACAGGUGGCGGUAAUGCGCUUUAACGCUGGCUGCCAUCCGCCAUGAUUACACCAAAACAAGAAGAAGAAGAGGAAGAAACUAGAUCAGAGUCGAGAAAACAAAAACCUUUGAUGCCCCUAUAAACGGAUAUUUGUUUAUAAUCCUACGACGCGAGAAGAGACAAGCAUGAGCGGCUUUAGAAGACCAGACAGACACAGGACACCGCCAUUCACCAGGGCAACACACCUCGGAACAUCCAAGCAUGACCUGGAUCGAGAUUCAGGCUUCUCAGAUGCCAGCUCGGGGUAUCUCAGUGCAGUCGAUCUGACUGACUCCGAAGAUGCAGGUAGGAAUGGGUCCAUAGUCGGCCAGGACGCGACCGGUCCGCAGGUGGCUGUGAUGGGAGGCUCAUACGGUGGACUGUCUCCAAUGAUAAUUAUGAACAACUUCGUCCUAAAGCAGCCAUCCCAGAUGGCUCCGGCAGAGAAACAGUGGGGCUUCUCCUCACCCCUGGAAGUGAUGCCUCAAUCUCAGGUGGUUCUUCUUCAACCCAUGGUGUCAAAUGGCAACAGCAGCUCCCCAAAGACUGGCUCUGAAAAUAUGCGACAAUCAAAAAGCUACAUGCCCAUCCUAAAGUCAUAUCCUCGAAUUGCCCCACAUCCUGGGGAGGCGCCUGCUAAGAGGUUCAGAAUGAGGGGAAGUUCGACCUCAGGAUAUGACCAGCGACAGAGGAGACGCCACGGCCACGGCCACGGCCACGGCCACGGCCACAGGCUCUACAGCUCCCCCAGCCCACAGCCAGCCCUGCAGACUCCAAGCAAACCCGUCACCAACUUUGAAGUAGCAAACAACCAAGCACAGGCAGCUGAAAGUCUGGAGCAACUCGGUGACAAGUCUCUCUCCCCGCUGACAGGAACCAGCUCGUUGCUCAGCUACACGCAUGAAUUUAGGACAGAGGUUGACAGCAACAGUAUCCACGGUGACGAAGACCAGGACACCCUCUCAACAGACAGUGACAAACUCAAACGUUUCAGCAAUACCUACAACAUUCUCAACAAAUGCGGCUUGCUGGGGAUCACCAUGCGCACAAAGCAGCUGAUCAAAGAGAAUAAGCGCACCCAAGGCCAGCUGCAGCAGCUUCAGGAGCAAACAGCCCUGCUGCUGGAGGCUCUGAGCAGCGGAGACCCACAGCUCUGGUCUAAACUCCAGCUCUCACUGCAGGACACAGACAAGGAGCAGUUGGGAAUUAAAGCUCACAGAGUCCUUGCGUAAUAUACUGUAUUGGUGGUCAUGGCCAGCAGUUCUCAAUCUUGGGGGGGGUCACAUGAUUUAUUUAAUGUAAAAGAAACAUAUAUCUCAGACCUUAUCAAUAAAAGCUUUUUUGUUGUGAAAUAGUCAACACCACUUCUUCAAGCAUUAUAACUAACCCAACUAUAACUUAUAACUAAAUUAUAUGCUGUUAUGCUCCUGACAGGGGUACAAAUCUUCUUAUACUUGGGGGUCACAGAGCCAAAAACAUGAAGAACUGCUGGUCUAAACUCCAAACAUGAAGCUGAAGCACAUCCACUGUUACCAAGUGGGAGUUAAGAAGCAUGCGUACGUCUCAAACCCUCGCCUAUAAUGAAUUUUCUUGCCUCUGCUGUUUGAAAAUAGCAAGUAUCACUUACAAUAGGGCUAUGGCUUCUAUAUGUUGAACUCUUAAUUGCAUAAACGCAUGCCUUACUGCACAUGUGAGGACAGAUAGGGUUAAUUUCAUAUACAUGCCUUGAAUGUGAUAAAUGUAAAAAAGAUAGAAGCAUCGUUUUAAGCCAUGGCUUGAGGGAUGGCAAUGUUGGUCGGUCAGUCAACCACUUUGGCCUUGGCUGAAAUGUCACGACAAUCGCCAGAUAGAUUGCUAUGAAGUUUUGUACAGAUAUUCAUGAUCCUCAGAGGAUGAAUCCUACUGACUUUGUUGAUCACCUGACUUUUCCUCCAGCACCACCAUGAGGUUGACAUUUAAGCUCUGUAUGGUAAUAUCUCGACACCUAUUGGACGGAUUGAUGUGAAAUGUAAUACUCACAUUCUUGGUCCGCAGAGGAUGAACUGUAAUAACUUUGAUCUCCUGACUUUUCAUCUAUCGCCAAUAUCUGCAAAACUCAUUACAUUCCCCUCAGCCUCAGCUAAACUUUGCGUUUAGUGCUUAUUUGCAAAUGUUAGCAUGCUAACACACCGAAACAACACAGUGAUCAUGGUAAACAUACCUGCUAGACAUCAACAUGCUAGCAUUGUCAUUGUGUGCAUGUUAGCAUGUUGAUGUUAGCUCAAGUAGAGCCUCACAGAGCCGCUAGCUUGGCUGUAGACUUUUAGUCUUGUUACUUUUUAGGUCAAAUAGAAAACUUGGUGUCGAUACAUGUGGAGUGUGUUUCAAUUACCUCUCAAAGGGGCAAUGGCCUGUCAGUUUUCUUUUUAUUUACACGGUCUUUAAAUUUAAUGGUAAUUGAAACUCUGAAUGAAGCAGAUGUUUGCUUUGUCAGGAAGUGUCUACACUGACUGCUUGUGUUCUGAGACAAGCUGGCUAGGUCACAGUGAGGCUACAGAGGGCUGGCUAAAUCAACAUUGUUUUGUUUUUUUUUAUAAUUUUGCUACUUUGUGUUGUUAUUAUUUAUUUGUAAUAAUAUUUUCAACAAGACUAAAGCUGUGUUAAUAAUAUAAAAAAACCAAGCACAUUAUAACUUUUUUUUUAUAAAAGAUGAUGGUAAGAACUACGUUGGGAUUUGUAAAAGCUUAAAUUGUAGCAAGUGAAGUGACGUAGCCAUAUUAUAUUUGUCUUGACCUUUGAUCUGUUGCUGCCGUGUUCAUUCCUGCUGCAGUUUGAAGCUUAACAAAAAGUAUUAAUUUAAACUUCAACGCAUAGAAAUGACAGCUAAAUGUUUUCAUUUAGUUUCAUAUCCCAGACUCUUGCACUUUAGUUACAAGAUUACUGACAACAUUUUUAGAUUCUUCACUAACUGAGCAUUUCUCCUCUUUCAUGAUAAAACAGUGUGAAUAUGAAUGUUUAUCUGAUUGCCUGUGCCUUUUGAAUUUGUACGUACUUGUACUUCAUAUCAGUGCUUGAGCUGCUUAGAUUUCUGUAUUUUUUUUUGUGGACAUCAUGUGCAAGAAAGAUGAAUGUACUUAAAGCUCUCCAAAGAGUGAAUCUUCCUCUGUGAAGUGAUGUAAGAAAUUACAGCCCUGGCUAGAUAAUACAACCAGAGUUGCUGUAGAAAGGACAGAAUGAAGACAAGUAAAAAUGGUUAUAAAAGAGUUUUAAUGUUAAGUCAUGGUUAACUGUAGUGGUAUUUAUUUUAGCAACAAUAUGCUACUGUUGCAAUAUUUUACAGUCAGGAGUCGUAAAACUAAGAGCUAAUCAAAUCAGACUUGGUUUUAACAGAGCAAAAAGAGUUACAAAAGUUUUUUGUAUUUGUAUUCUAAGAUUAUAUUUUGCCUUUUUUCCUGUUAUUGUGAAAAGUGCUUUCUGUAUCUUUAGCAAAAGUCACUUUGACUAAUAAUUGUCAUAAAACUUUGUUUGAAGACCA